CAUUCGGCUGGAGGAGCAGCUCGCACUUCCGGGACCAUAACAGAUAGCAGCGCCAGAGGAUUAGGACAUCGGGAGAUGCUCUGAUAACGGGCGGAUGUGGAUCAGCCAACGCCGGAAUCGCCGCCAUGAAGAUCCUCUCCCGUCUGGGCCGCCUGAUGCGGUACACGGUGGCCUAUGCGGCCAUCACACACUGCACCUUUGAGUACAUAGGCGACUUUGUCCUGUGCAAGGGACCCUCCAUGGAGCCCACCCUCUACUCGGACAAUGUGCUGCUCACCGAGCGCCUGUCGAAGCACUGGCGAACCUACCAGCCGGGCGACAUCGUCAUCGCCGUCUCGCCCAUCAACGCCGGCCAGUUCAUCUGCAAACGGAUCGUGGCCGUGUCCGGUGACCAGGUGCUCACCCAGAAGCCGAGCCCCAUUGAGGCGGAGUACAGCCGAAGUCAGGAUGGCGCCGCCGCCGGCAAGAAGCCCGUGAUGACCAAGGACUAUGUGCCGCGCAAUUACGUUUGGCUCGAGGGCGACAACAAGGGCAACAGCUCGGAUUCGCGCUACUAUGGACCCAUUCCGGUGGGCCUGAUCCGGAGUCGGGUGCUCUGCCGCAUCUGGCCGAUUUCCGAGGCCACCGGGCUGUAGAUUGGCUAGCCCAAGAAGAAGUUUUAAAUCAAUUGGACCUAUUUUGUUUUUUAUAGCAAAUUGUAGUAUAUCAAUCCAAUAUUUUAUAGAUCCAUUUCGUACCAAUGGAUGUCAUAUACUUGAACAACUGCCAAUAACAUAUUUAUUCAUAUAUUUAUUUACACUUCCGAAAAUGGUCUCUUAUUGAAUUUUAAAAUAUUCUUGAAAUCAUCAAAUUAAAAACCAUGUAAAUUGCAAAAUUGGCUUUGCUUAUACAUUUUGUAGAUAAAAUACGUUGAUAAAAUAUAAAAAUACAUACUUGUGAUUAUGAAUAGAAA